UCAUGGCGGCAUUUGUGGCUUCAAUGCUGCCGCCACCGGCAGUGAUUGUUGGGCGGGGCCGAAUUGGGUCGGCUCUUGAAAAGCUGGGGCAUGGCAGGGACGUUGUCUUGCUGCGAGGCCAGCCGUUUCCAUCCAGUCUCUCUUCCGGCCCCAUCUUUGUUUGCACCCGGAACAACGAUCUGGACGCUGUCGUGGACGCUACCCCGGCACACCGUCGCGAAGACUUGGUGUUCUUCCAGAAUGGGAUGCUGGAGCCGUGGCUGGAGAAGCGUGGAUUGGCAGACGCUACGCAGGUCCUCGUCUACUUCGCGGUCGCCAAGCUCGGGGACGAGCCCGUUGAUGGCAAGACGGAUGCCAAUCCCGAGGGCCUCACUGCCGCGUGUGGGAAAUGGGCUGCCGCAGUUGCUGCAAGGCUACACGCUGGAGGGUUGUCAUGCAAGGUGUUGGACGCCCGCGAGUUUGCCAAGCCCAUGCUUGAGAAGCUGAUAUGGAUUUCAGCUUUCAUGCUUGUUGGUGCCCGUCACCCUGGCGCAACUGUGGGAGACGUUGAGAAGAGGUAUCGUGACGAGGUCUCCGAGCUUAUAACCGAGCUUGCUGCCGCAGCCUCUUCGGAAAAAUCCGCGGCUUUUGGUCCCGGGCUCGAGGAACGCCUGUGUUCGUAUGCCAGAUCGGUUGCUCACUUUCCCACCGCUGUGAAAGAGUUCGAAUGGAGGAACGGAUGGUUUUACGGGAUCUCGGAGCGAGCAAUCGCGUCUGGGACGACCGAUCCCUGCCCUUUGCACUCUCGGUGGCUUCAGGAAGUGGAAGCGGUCCCCAAAGUUCUUGCAAAGUGAUCACCCAAGAUUUACAUCGUCCCGAAUCGUAAAAACCUCUACUGUGUGAGCGUUAGCUUUGGACUUUUGAUGGACAGCAAAGGAAUCACAUUUCAGGAAUGCGAUCUGGAGUUUGUGGUGGAAGAAAGUAUUAUCAAACUGUGUGAUCUUCGCAACCAGGAGACCAGAGACCGAGGCAACAACGUGUGUGCCAACGAUUCCAGGAUCUGGAAGAUCAAAGUUGUGCCUUCGCAAACUCGAGAAAGCUCCUUUAGUGGCAGAGUGGGAAUCGCUGGGUGAUGCCUGGGCAUCCAAAUAAUGCUUGUAUAAUUGUGACGCGGUGAAACAAGCGGUGCUAGUAAUGCUCCUUCGAAUCU